AUGGCAGUGGGCAUGUUCAUACUGUCCCAAAGGAAGCGAAAGGGCCUGGCGGCGCUCUUCGCCUUUCUGUGCGCCGUUCAAAUCAUCCUGGGCUGCGGAAUGACCGGCUCCUCGCUCUACGUCAUCAUCGCCGUAGCGCCCGUUUUGCACGCGGAAAAGUCCGAGGUGAACUUCGUGUUCGCCGUCACCGGCCUCUACGGCACCCACGUCAUAUUCCACUGGAUAGUCGGCAUCAACAUCGGCCAGAGGUGCCUCAAGCAGGCCAGCAGGAAGAGCACCGGUAAUCUGUUCGUUCUGUGGACCACCAUGGGCACCAACACCAUCAUCCAGCUGCUGGUGUUGUCGCAUUUCGCCAGGAAAAUGAACAAGUACAUCGCGCGCUCCCUCAAGCAGUCCCUCGCCAACGGCAUGAACCAAUAUCUCCAAGAUAUAACCUGGAAGGAGAUGAUCGACAAGCUGCAAUACGCCAACGAGUGUUGCGGAUCGGCUUCGUACGAAGAUUGGCACGAAACGAAAUGGCUGACGAAGUACCACGUAGACUUGAAAUCCGACAUUAUAAAACAGUUAAAACCGAGCGAGGUAGAAGCUCCGAAGCUCCCGGUGACGCCUUGGAGUUGUUGCAAGGUGGAUUUCCCGUUGCAGUGUCUGCACGAUCCCAUCCAGCAACGGGAGUUCUCGCACAUUUGGACCGACGAGCCGAACAUCAUAACGGAUUCCAUCAACACGAAGGGCUGCUUGGACUCGAUGCGGAGGCCCAUAGAAGCGGUGAUCAGGGCCUUCGUGGCGUCCUCGUCCGUCAUGUGCUUGGUUCACAUAUUAAUCUUUGUAGUUUCGAGGAUACUGUACACGUCGGCGAGGAAUUCCGCGAUCAUGGGCGAGCCGAGGGGCCUCGCGCCCGGCUGGGUGUUCGGGAGAGGAGAUUUCGGGUAUUCGGGCGGGAAGUCUAUAAUAGAGAUAAUGGAAACUCACGGGGGGUUUUCGACGAACGCGGAAAGCUCGGAUGAUGAUAACAGAGGAUAUAAAAACGAGGAUGACGAAAAUGCUCUGUUGUUAGAACGACCGAUAGAAAACGCUUCUGGAAUUAAUCUAAUCGGCAAACAAGAAAGUUUGUUCGAAGGCUCGAGUAAUUCGCUAAAGAAGGCGGAGUCUAGGAACAAAGCGAAUUCCAGAAUUAGAAUAGCAGAGCAAAGCGAUAGGAUUAAAUCGAAGGAGCGGCUCGGCGUCGAGAAUAAAGAGAACACGAACAAAUCGAUCGAUGAAUUAAAAUUGCGUUCCAUAGCGGAGGAAUUGAAGAGGCUGCAACAGUAG